UCUGGACUACUUUCAGUUUGUUUAUGUGAUGCGAAUUUAAUAACUUAUUUUAACAAUAUACAUCACACCACUCUCUUAAUGUCAUACAACCAUUUUCCACUGAAAUAAAAACUAAACAAAUAAGUGAUAGUAUACAAUGGCUCUGCAACUAGUUAAAUUACUAGAGACUUAUAGAGGACGUGAUAGAGUGAUGAGAUUAGGUACCUAUAUAGCAAUGUUAAUUGGUGGAUCAGGUAAUUCACCAUUCAACACUAAAUUUAACAUUAUUGCUCAAGAAUUCAAUGGUUGUCGAACUGUUUUACGUCUUUUUGAUGAUUUGUCCAUGGCAGCAGUUAAUCUCAAGUUUUAUUAUGGUGAAAAGGACAAGAAUCCUAUAUUACGUAUUUUAGAUAUGAUGACCAACACAUUGUAUCAGUCCUACUAUAUAGUAGAACAUAUAGCUUGGUUUGCUGAUAAAAAGGUUAUUAAUAGAAGCUCAACUCUAUGGUGGGUGAUAUGUAUUGCCAUUUGGGCUAUAUCCUUGAUUCUGGAGAUUAGCAAAGCUGUUGUAAAGCUGAUGAAUAAUAAAAAAUCACAAGCUCAAUUAAGAAAACAGAAAUAUUUAGAUAAAGAUGAAAAAGGGACAGUUUCAGAACAGAAUCAAGAAAUAAAUGAUAGAUUGAAGGCUUUAAAGACAGAAGAAUAUGGACAUGUUUUAUUAAUUAUACAAUCUGCUGCUGAUUUGCUCAAUGCUAUCAACUGGUUACCACCUGGUGUAUUGUGGGCAG